GUGUCAGAACAGAAUACAAUUCUGUACGGGCAUGAAGCUCUCAUUGCCAUUGCUUAUCCUGCUCUCUGCUCAGAAUUUUCUCUAACAAUGAUUAGUAGUAGGAGCCACGAGCUUCUUGAGCCCUGUGCUAUGUACUUUAUUUAACCUCAUUUAAUCCUGACAACCAUCCUAAUAUGGUUACUAUCAUAUCCCUUCUACAGGUGAAGAAAUGGAAACUUGGAGAAGUUAAGCAUGUAGCUCAAAGGCACACAGCUAUUCAGGGGAGACCUGGGUUGGACUCCAGAACCUGCACUAUUCCACUGGAGUGGAGGUGGAGCAGCUUAUGGUCUCUAACUGUGACUCCCCAGGGCCUGCCCCCUUCCAGAAUGGCUCCUCUGGGCAUGCUGUUCGGAUUGCUGAUGGGCUCUUGGUUUACCUUCUGCCUCAGCCAUCAGAACCCUAAGGAGUUUGCACUGACCAACCCAGAGAAGAGUACCACCAAAGAAACAGAGAGAAAAGCCAAAGCAAAGGAGGAGCUGGACACCGAGGUCCUGGAGGUGUUUCACCCGACCCAUGAGUGGCAGGCUCUUCAACCAGGUCAGGCCGUCCCUGCAGGAUCUCACGUGCGGCUGAAUCUCCAGACUGGGGCAAGAGAAGUGAAACUCCAAUAUGAGGACAAAUUCCGAAAUAAUUUGAAAAGGUCGAAAAAAGGCAAAAGGCUGGACAUCAACACUGAUGCCUACACAUCUGAAGACCUCAAGAGUGCGCUGGCAAAACUCAAGGAUGGGGCAGAGAUGGAGAGUUCAAAGGAAGACAAGGCAAGGCAGGCUGAGGUAAAGCGGCUGUUCCGUCCCAUUGAGGAAUUGAAGAAGGACUUCGCUGAGCUGAAUGUCGUCAUUGAAACUGACAUGCAGAUCAUGGUACGGCUGAUCAACAAAUUCAAUAGUUCCAGUUCCAGCCUGGAAGAGAAGAUUGCUGCACUCUUUGAUCUAGAAUAUUACGUCCAUCAGAUGGAUAAUGCUCAGGACCUGUUUUCCUUUGGGGGCCUUCAAGUGGUGAUCAAUGGGCUGAACAGCACAGAGCCCCUGGUGAAGGAGUACGCUGCAUUUGUGCUUGGGGCUGCCUUUUCCAGCAACCCAAGGGUCCAAGUGGAGGCCAUUGAGGGAGGAGCCCUGCAAAAGCUGCUGGUCAUCUUGGCCACUGAACAGCCUCUCGCCACAAAGAAGAAGGUCCUGUUUGCACUGUGCUCCUUGCUGCGACACUUCCCCUAUGCCCAGCAGCAGUUUCUAAAGCUGGGGGGGCUGCAGGUCCUGAGGAGCCUGGUGCAGGAGAAGGGCAUGGAGGUUCUGGCCGUGCGUGUGGUCACUCUGCUUUACGACCUGGUCACUGAGAAGGAUCACUUUAUUGCAGUGUUGUGAAUACAGUAUACAGAGACAAGGAUGGAAACAGGGAGAUCAGUGAGUAGUCUAUUACAGAAUCCAGGUGAGAGUUGAUGUGGCUUGAACCGGGGUGACAAUAGAGGAGGUGUUGAGAAGUGGUGAGAUUUCAGAUAUGUUUUAAAGGUAGAGCUGCAAGGAUUUGCUGACUGAUUGGAUGUGGGUUGUGAGAAAACAAGAGCCAAGGAUGAAGCCUUACUUCAGGGCUUGCGCAAAUGGUGUGUGGGCAAGAGAGAGGGAAGAGUAGGAACAAAGAUCAGGGCUUUGAUGGGUAUUUGUUUUGGGCAUGUUUAUACUGAGAUGCUAACUGGACAUUCAACAGAGAUGUUGAAUAGGCAGCUGAGAUAGAGUCUGGAACCUAGAGAAGAGGGCACAUCUGAAGAGAGACUUGGAAGCAGGGUAUGCUGAAGCCAGCUCAUACCAGCUUGGAGCCGUGUGGAUAUUGGAAACACUGUGAGCUCAUUGUUACACAUGACUGGUAUUAAAAAUUAAAUUAUAUAAACUAUAUUAAAAAGAAAAGGUAAUUUUAAAAAAACUAGAAGAGCGAACUAAACCCAAAGACAGCAGAAGAAAAGGAAAUAAUAAAGAGCAAAAGCCAGUAAAACUGGAAACAGAAAAACUGAAGAGAAAAUCAAUGAAAUUAAAAGAUGGUUCUUUGAAAAAAGAGUGGACGCAAAUUACCAGUAUUAAUAAUGAAAGGGAUAUCACUACAGACCCAACAAGCAUUAAAAUGAUAAUAAGUAAAAACUACAUACAACUCUAUGUCCACAAAUUGGACAACUUAGAAGAAAUGAUGGAAAAAUUCCUUGAAAAACACUGUUAUUAGUCUUCUGUUACUGCUAUAACAAAUUACUGCAAACUUAGUGCCUUAAAACAACAAAAACAUAUUGUUUUAUAGUUCUGUGGGUCAUAAGUUUGACAUGGAUCUCAUAGGUUAAAAAAAUUGAUUUUUUUAUAAAGACAAGUUGAUUCUAGAAGUUAUAUGAAAAUGCAUAGGAACCAGAAUAGCUAAAGUGAUUUGAAAAAGGAAUGAACUUGAAGGAUUCAUACUAUCUGAUUUUAGGACUUACUAUAAAGCUAUAGUAAUCAAGACAGUGUGGCAUUGGUGAAAGGACAGAUACAUAGAUCAGUGAAUCACUAGAGAGAGCUAAAAAAUAGACCCACACAGAUACAGUUAAUUGAUUUUUGACAAAGAUGCAAAGUCACUGGAGAAAUGAUAGUCUUUUCAAUAAAUGGUGCUGGAACAUUAUUGGACAUGCACAUGCAAAAAAAAAGAACCUUAUACCUCACACCUUACACAAAAUUUAACUCAAAAUUGAUCACAGACCUAAAGAUAAAAUGUAAAUUUAUAGAACUUUUAGGAGAAAAAUCUUUGUGGCUUUGAGUUAGGCAAAGAGUUCUUAGAUCUAACACCAAAAACACAAUCCAUAAAAUAAAAAAUUGAUAAAUUAGACUUAAUCAAAAUUAAAAGCUUUUGCUCUGAAAGACAUUUUUAAGAAAAUGAAGAGACAAGCCACAGACAGGGAGAAAAUAUUUGCAAAUCACACACCUGACAAAGGAGUUGUAUCCAGAAUAUAUAAAGAACUCUGAAAGCUCAUCAAUAAAACAACCCAAUUAAAGAAAAAAUGGGCAAAAGAUUUGAAAAAACUUCACCUAAGAAGAUACACAGAUGGCAGAUAAACACAGGAAAGAUGCUUAAUGUCAUUACUUAUUAGGGAAAUACAAAUUAAAGUCCCUACUACAUACCUAUUAGCAUGCCUAAAAAAACAAACAAAAAAAAAACCUGGCAGUAGGAUGUGCUGGUAACGAUGUGAAGCAACUGGAACCUUCAUGUAUUGCUGAUGGGGUGCAUAAUGAUGCAGCCACCUAUGGAAAACAGUUUGGUUGUUUCUUAUAAAGUCGAAUAUAUACUGACCGUGUUAGGUGCUGUCGGGUCGAUUCUGACUCAUAGCCACCCUAUACGACAGAGUAGAACUGCCCCAUAGAGGUUCCAAGGAGCGACUAGUAAAUCUGAACUGCCAACCUUUUGGUUAGCGGCCGAGCUCUUAACCACUACGCCACCAGGGCUCCAUACUGACCAUACAACAUAGCAAUCUCACUUGUAGGUAUUUACCCACAGUCAGUGAAAACCUGUACACAAAUGCUUAUACCAACUUCCAUAAUUGCCCCAAACCAGAAACAACUAAAAUGUUUAACUGGGGAAUGAAUAAACAAACUAGGGUAUGUCCACGCAAUGGAUCACUACUCAGCAAUAACAAGGAACGAACACAACGUGGUUGACUAUCAAAUGCAUUAUGUGGAAUGAGAGAAGCUAGACGCAAAAGGGUAUAUGCGGCAUGAUUUCAUUUAUAUGACAUUCUGGAAGGGACACCACUAUACAGAGGGUGUUGCCAGGAGUUAAGUAUAGGGGAGGGGCUGCUACAAUGGAGGAGCACGGAAUCUUUUGCGGGGGGGGGGCGGUGAUAGAGCUGUAUCUUGACUGGGUGGUGGUUACACAACUAUGCAUUUGUAAAAACUCAGAAUUCUUAAGCAAAACAAGCGUAUUUUACUGUACAGAAAUUUAAAAGUAAUACUCAAAACUUAUCCUUUUGUAAUUAUUUUAUUACAGUUUACAAUUUUCUAUGCUCUUGAAGUUUUUUAGGUGUUGUAUCUGUAGCUUGGAAAUACGACAUAGCGGCUCCUUGCUUCUCUUCCCAAGGACUUCCUGUUGGUCGCUUGAAAUCUGCUAUGGUUGGAGUGUUUACACUGUGGAAAUUGGGAAAUGCUACAAAACAGGGCUGGAUUUAUUAUUCUGUUGAUUGUCUAGACUGAAGAAAAUGUUAAUAAUGCUGAUUAAACUUACAAGUGUGCUUUGUCUGUUGUGGUUAUAUUAUGCAGAACACAAAAGGUUGAGAUUGUCUUUCAGUAUUUAGCAAGUAUUAUCUGACUCAGCAAAGAAGUGACCUACUGACAGGUGAAAUUCCAACAUAGGCUUUUGUUGUUUAAUCUUACUCCUUAAGGUAAACCAGCACACUCAUGUCAGAACUACUCUCAACCAUAGGGUGGCUACGGAUUCAAGAGUUCAGCAAAAAUCAAGAGACAGCAUUCUGUAAGAAUAAAUUGGCUAUAUGGAAUUUAUAGUAAAAAAGUAUUGUGUAUUUAUUACUGUAUUUGUAAACUAUGUGCUACAGUUCCCUUAGAGCAGUAAAACUAAAUGCGUGUGUGUGUGCGUGUGUGUGUGUGUGUGUGUGUGUUCCCCUCAUGUCCCUACCCCAGAUAACUAGUUGUUAGAAAUUCACCAGCACACCACUGCCUGGGAGGCUGAUGUGGAGGGUGCAGGCAGAGAUCUGAGCCCUGGACCCCCUCGACACUAGAGGUCAAGAGGAGAAUGACCUGGUAAAGGUGCUGAGGAGCAGAGAUCUGAAGGGUGUGGAACCAUGGACAUCUAGAGAAGGUGUGAGGAUGAGGAGGGCGUGGCCACUGGCCUCACGUGCUGCUAAGAGGUAAGAGAGAAGAACGGAGUGGUGUGAGCUGAGUGGAGCUGGGAAGUGGAGACAGUGAGUGUGAAAACUCAUCUGAGGAGUUUUGUAUGAGGGGAGGAGAGAGAUGGAUUCAAGGGAUGCUUUUUUGGAUUGUCUUUUAUUUAACUAUGGGAGAUAUCAGAGCAUGUCUUUUGUGUGCUGAUGAGGGAAAAUUUGAUGAGGCAAGGAAAACAGUUAUGGUGGCAAGUCCUUGAGUGACCGGGGCCCAGUCAUAGCCAAGGGUGGCCUCAGCCAGGUGCCUGGAGAGUGCUGGGGAACAGAUGCAGGGAAGGGGCAGAUGUGGUGGGAGCAUGGGGGAGCUUCUGGGGGAAGGUUGGGGAGCAUAGACGGAUGGUCAGAACCUCUGGGGGCUUUGUAGGGCCUGGAGCUUGAAGCUGGGUGGGAGGCUGAGCCACUUGCCAGCUGCCUCUUUGGUAAGGGGCUUCAACUCUGAGUGUUUUCUCAGCUGUAAGAUAGCAUUGAUGCCUCCUGCGUUGGUUUUAAAGUGAAGUGGGAAGAUGCAAUAAAGGCCUUCCACAGGCUCUGGGAGGUCCCAGAACAUAGCUGCUCCUUCCAUCUUCAGUGGGUGUGACCCUAGCCUGGGUGGAGGGUGCAAGAUGUUGGGCAGGGCAGCUGUGAGGAGAGGUGAGUUGGGGCCUUUGAGAUGUAUGUCCAAGGGCCACGGGGAGCCCCUGCAGGGUGGCUAGCAGGUCAAGGCCAAGGGUAGAGCAUACUUGGGAUACAGUGAGGGCUGGGGGAAAGCUGGACUGUUGCAGUUGCUGAGUGCAGGUAGAGCUGUGUGCAGGUAGAGCUGUGUGCGAGUAGAAGGUGACAGGCUGGUGAUGUGUCAUGGGGUGGAGGGAGCUGGGACUAUUGGCUUCCCUACCACAAGGGGCACGUCUGUCCUGGCUGAGAAGCAACGAUCCUCAGGAUGCAGAGAGGAGGCAACCACCUCACCUGCAGGGUGGCAGGAGAGCGCACACCUGAGGGCCUUCAGACCAGGUCUGCAUGUAGGGGGAGUCAGGUCUCCCUCUUCUGCUCAGCCCAGGCUGGGCCACUUUUAGAUCAUGGUCUCUAAGGAGGAUGGGAAGGAGAUUUCUGGACAGGCCUCUGGAGCCACCUCAGCUGCAUGUCUUUUGUCUUCUAGUAAUUUUUAUAGAUUGGUUUAAAUAAAUAUAUGGUUCAUAUAGUUCAAGUGUUGGUCAAGCACGUGCUCGGACCUUCGCUGGAUGAUGGGGUAAGACCAGCGCUGUUCCCUGAAGGAACCUGGAGUCAGUCUGGGUGUCGUGGUGCUGUCACCGCAUGUGCUGAGGUGGCGGCGGAGGUAAGCGACAUCCUCACUGAGGCCUGGGGAGCAAGGGAGGGGUGUGGGCUGUUUCCUAGUGUGGUACAAGGGGUGAUCUUAGGUGGUAUGUGAGUGAAAUUUAUGGUGAUGACUGGCAGAGGCAGGUGACUGAAGCAGGGGAGAGCAGGCAGUGAUGGCUUAAGAUGGCCAGACACUGAGUCGUCACAUGGCACGUGCAGUGGGUAGCCCCCUGAAGGCGUCAUGCAGAGGCUGACUUGGCGAGAUGUGUUUUAGAUUCUUUUGCUACUGGUGGAUAUGGAUAAUGGAGUCUGGGGCUGAGGUAGGGGGCUGAUUUAGGAGGCUUUGCAGUAAGUAACCCAGAUGCAGAGGUAGGAACUUGGCCUCUGCUUCAGGGAAGCAGAUGGAUAGGGGAUCUGGGGGGUAAACUAGAUAGAGACUGGGGACUGCUGGGGUGUGGGCUCUGGGACAGCCAGGCGAGGCGGUUGGCAACAGAAUAUCUGGAGGGUGGUUUUAGAGUCUGAUAAACUGAUGACCACAAAAGCAAUGCAUGUCCUGGGUCAGCAUGGGGCAGGGGCCAAGUAAAGGGAGGCCAGAACCUUCUGAACCCAGCCCCACUAGGGAAGGCAGCUAGAGAUCCCAGGGGUAGCAAAUAUCUACUGAGUGUCUUCUACGUGCCAGGCAGUGUACUGGAGAUUGAGUACUGAGCAAAAGAAAGAUCUCCACCCAUGUGGAGCUUACAUUUUUGCCAAGGCGAGAGAGAACUGAAAUAAAUGGGUAAGCAAGGCACUCAGUGCUACAAGGAUAAGGCAGGGUAAGGAUUUAGAGAAUGACCAUGGUCGGAAUGUUUUUCUGGUAAGGUGACUUUUGAUGGGACACUUGAAGACAGUCCUAAAGAAAGCAGAUAUCUCUGCCAAUAAGUGGAUUCUAGGCUGAGGCGGGAGCGUGCUUUGCUUGGUACGUUUGAAGAAUUUGAGGGAGACCAGGCUAAGAAGCAGAAUGACAAAGAAUAGCAAGAGAACAGGUCAGAGUGGGGCAAGAGGCCACACUUGUGACUUAGAACUUUGGCUUUUACCAAGGGAGACAGAAACUGCUGGAAGCUUUGGGCUAAGGCAGUGACAUGAUCUGACUUUUGUAUUCUAGGGCUAUUCUCACUGCUUUGUGGAGUAGAUGUGGGAGUUUGGGGCAGAGGUCAGGAAGCAAGGAAGUUGCAGGCAAGACUAGCGGGGAGGCAACAGUCUAGCCACAGAUGACUGGCAUUGGCACCCCUUGUCCCCUCACACUGCACAAGGGUGAGUCUGUGACCAACAGAACACAGCAGAAGUGAUGACAUAUCCCUUCUGAGAUCAGCUUGUAAAAAGGCACUGCAGUUGUUGUUCUGGUAGACAAGUCCCUCUGGAGGAAGCCAGCUACCAUGUGUCAGCUGUUCUGUGGAAAGGCCCAUGUGGCCAGGGAUAGCCUCUGCCAGCAGCCAUAGGAGCAAGUUGGGAACCAGAUCCUCCAGCCCAUCAAGCCUUCUAAGAGUGCAGCUUCAUGAGAAACCAAGUCUGAACCACCCAGCAAAGCUGCUUCUAGAUUCUCCACCUUCAGAAACUGUGAGGUAGAGCAAUUUGUUACACAGUAACGGGCAAGUAAUACAAUGAUGAUGGCUGAGACCAGGUAAUAAGUAAACAAGUAAGAAGCUGGCUCCUGGAUAUAUUCUAGAGUUUGAUUUGUAGGCAUCAGGCCUGAGAAGUGAGGUGACGGGUAGUGCCAGUCUGCAAGGUGCGGAAGGCCACAAGGAGGAGGGCUCUGGGGUUAGAGGGCAGAGAUGGCAGCAUGAUUUGGAAAAGUCAAGUUUGAGAUGUUUAUUGGAACCCAAGUGCAGAGUCCAGGAGGCAGUUAUACAAGUUGAGUUCAGAGGCAAAAUCUGCAUGUGGAUGGUGUAAAGCCAGGAGUGUGGCUGAGAUAAGAAGAAGAGGUCCAGGUCUUGAGCCUGGGAACAGCUAGGAAAAGGAGAAGGAAUAUGGAGUAGUACCUACCAAAUAAGAGAAAAAAUCACAAGACGAGUGUGAUGUCCUGGUAAUCAAGUGAAGAGAGUUUCAGAAGGUGGGGAGUGUUCUCCUGAGAGGGUUGGUAAGAUGAAGAAAGAGCCAGUCUGUUUGGCCCUGUGGAGGUGGCCACCUUGACAAGAGGGACAGGGUGGAGUGGUCAAGAUGAGAGCUGACUGAAUGGUGCGCGGAAAUGGGAGUGAGGAAGGGAGUUUUGUUCAAGAUGGGAAUGUUUGCUAGGAAGUGACACAGGUUAGGGAGAGUUUUUCUUUUUAAUGCAGCUAUGGCCUGGUCUGGUGGUAUGCCGAUGGGAGUGACUCAGGAGAGAGAGCGGCGAGGAGAAGCACAGAAGUCUCCAAUGUUUCGACCUGAACUACUAGAAGAAUGGACAUGCAUAUCCCUGAGUUGAAGUACAGUCUACCUCGCUGGGCAACACAGUCCUGGGGGAAGAAGACACCCUGGAGGGCACACACUGUGGGCACAUCCAGGAAAGGUUUAAUAUAAAACUUAUGACUCUACUGGAAGGUUGAGAAAAGGACUUUGGCUUCUUAGAUUUGGUUUCAUAG